AUGCGAACGACAACGGACCCAGAAUUCGUACAGGCCGAUUCAUAUAAUCUGCCCGAAGUAACAUGCGAAAUGAUAGAUAUAUACUACGAAGAAAUUGCUGAUUACUUUAUUGCUGGGGUGCGGAACGUAAAAGCUCAGAGAAGAGCUACUCGAGAAUCUUUCGGAGACGUUGCUGUAGGAUAUGUCCAGUUGAAAAGGGAUCAUCCCCAGUGCAUUGUAAAGCUCGUAUCACGCCAGAACAUAAAAUUUGAAAACAAAGCUAUUUGGUUAGUGUGUGCAUUGAUGAAGAAUGCCAUAAAGGGGCUGCAAGCAUGGAAUAGCGCUGAUUUUUUGGUUAUUGAGGAGACAUUUACAUCCGUUAGUAACCUCAGCCGUCUGUUAUACUGGAAGAAGUCAUCGUUGGCAAAGCUGGGGGAUUUGAAGCCAACAACAACUGUCAAUAUUUUUAAAUAUAAACGUCCGCCAUUAUAG